GUUCAGCACAAGGACACCUACCUACUCCUGUGCUCUGAUACAGAGACAGAGGACCUGUUUGGACUGGACGGAGAAGAAAUGUGGCACGCUGACUUCAGUCAGGGGAAAGCAGUGAUGACCCUGCCAGAGUUUGCAGAACCUUUUUGCUUUCCAGAAGGAUCCUAUGAGGCGGCUGUAAUUAAUGUGGAAAUCUGUAAACAAAACUUGGCUGCUUGUGUAAAAGCUUACAAUCACCCGGCAGAACCAAAAGAUGCCCCCCAAAGUUCCAUCUACCCUGAGUACAGUGUGCAGCUGGGCACUGAAAACACCCUCAUCUGUUACAUCACUGGAUUCUACCCUUCACAUGUCAAAGUGUCGUGGACUAAGAACAACGUCAAUGUGACGAGUGAAGCGACCCUCAGCAGAUAUCACGUUACUGAUGAUGGAACCUUCAAGCUGGUCUCUCGUCUGAGCUUCACUCCAGAGAAGAGCGACAUCUACACCUGCACUGUGGAGCACACGGCCCUGGACAGACCACUGACCAAAACGUGGGAUGUGCAGGUGGCUCUGCCCAGUGUGGGUCUGACUGUGUACUGUGGAGCGGGUCUGGCUGCAGGACUGCUGGGAGUCGCUAUUGGAGGUUUCUUCCUCGUCAAAGGAAACAACUGUAACUGAGAGUCUGACUGUAAACAAUACAGAAACAUUACAAUAUUAAUUUGUGUGGCUGAAGCUCGUUUGUUUUCUAUUUAUUUACAUUUUAUCACUUUCCAUUAAUGUAUUUUUUUGUUCUGUACCAUCUUUCUAUGCUG